UAUAAGUCAGUAGUGCUUUUUCAGAAAUAAACAAAAUUCAGAUGUUUUGCUGCUGCUAAAGGGCAUUUUAAUCAAAAUUAUUUACGACAUAAAUGAAUGUCUCCAAAUACCAAAAAAAAAAACACGUUAAAUAAUGUUAAAUUUUGAGGAAACCGGUUCAAUGUCUUUGUUGCCAAACGGAUCUGAGUGUGACAAUGACAAUAAUUUUAUUAAGUGCAUAUUUUUUUGUAAAUUUCAUGCAACAGCUGGCUCUCAAAUAGUUACACAAGUGCCAAAUAAUUAUAUAUCAAAAGAGGUAUUCGAUACAAUCAGCCAGUACAUGAUAGCACCAAAAGCCCAACUGCAACGCUGUUUUAUGAGCGUAUCGUUGCCUGGGAAAAAGUUUUUAGGUUAUCCAAUACGAAUCGAUAAUGCAUUGUACGCAAGGAAUGCCUUCUAUUUUAAUUUUUGUUUUGUUUUUGCACCUACCACACGAACCAUCGUAUUUGAGGAUAUAAUUCGAAAGAUUAGCGAGUACAUGCUAUCGCUGGAGAUAACCACCAAGAUAUUGUCACAAUCGGAAGAUAUGGCACAGCUAACCCGUCUUAUCAAAUUGCUUACACAGAUACGGACUGAUUUAAAUCAACGAAAAAUGUGUAUGCUUCAGGAGGGCUCCACCAUAAUUCCAUUAAAACUAUUUCCAUUGUGUAUUGUGCCACAUUACAAAGAACCACCGGUCGUUAAACCAUAUUUGGCUGCUAUUUUGAAAAGUGAAUUUUAUAAUUAUAUUGAAUCCCAGUGGGAUCUGACUACGCUUCGUAUUUUACCAUAUAUUAAUGGAUUUAAUCAUAUCGCUCGAAUCGCUUCAUUGGCUGAUGUGGCUCUCGGCUUGACAUUGCAGUGCAUUCGACAUUUAAUAUUGCUGGGCGUUGCAAGUAUAAUUCCAGUAUUCCAAUAUUCAAAUAUUUAUCGUCCAACACCCAAGUUAAGCCAAUUAGCGACCUGUAAACAACUGCAGCAGAGAUGCAUUGAACAGUGUUCAAAGAUACCAGGACCCAAAGCAAAAAUUCGUGAUGUUUUUCGAAUAUUUGCUUCAAUGGCGCACGGUGCAACAUUCGGAGAGCUAUGUGUUCGAUUUAAUCCCUCUGCAAAUAAUAUGAAUGAACGAAAAAUGGUGCUGUUCGGUUUACUCGAAGGUUUAAUUCGACGCGUAUCAAAGUAUCCCAUCACAGUUCAAAGAAAUGUCUUCUACGACUAUGAACCAAUUAGAUCGCUCAUUCCGAGUACUGGAAUGCAAUCCAAUUAUAAUUCAGGUAGUCAACCAUUGCCUCGAUAUCAACGUGGAAAAAUUAAAAACAGAAUAAAUGGUGCUAUAGCACACGAUAGUCUCGACACCACAAAACAUCGACUCACAUUCGGAUCGAAUGAGAGAGCACGAUUAGUAAACAAUGAGUGUCAACAUUAUUAUAAUGGACUGAAGUCAUUUGAUGAAAUUUGUACAAAACGAGGAAUUAGUUGUCAACAAUUAGAUGUUCAACUAUCAAAAGACCAUCAUGUUGUAGUUUUAUUGUUAUAAAUAUAAUAAAAAAUGACUGUUUAACAAUGGAA